CACAGGCACCGAGCCACGCACCGCCGCGCCGCCCCAGCCGCCCCUCCCGGCGCGCCCUCUCCGCCCGCCCCGGGGCCGCCUCCCGCUCCGCUCCGCCCCGUGGCGCGGCGGCGUGGGCUCGGUGGCGGGGCCGCAGCCGGAGAGACAGGUGACCUUGGCAGGCAGAGCCGGGCUGCGCCCGCCGCCGCCGGGGAAGCUGGGUGGGGAGACGGCCGAGAUGGUGGAGGAGGGCGGCGAGGAGGAGGCGGAGGGGGAGAGCGCGGAGAUGCCGGCGGCCGCCGCCGUGCCCGCUCUGCAGCGCUGCAACGGCUUCCUGCCCGGCAAGGAGGCGGCGGGCGAGCGGGCGGCCGAGGCCGAGGCCAUGCUGGCGGCGGGCGGCCCGCCCGAGACGCGCCUGUCGCGGCGGCGCCUGGCGGUGCUGGCCGUCUUCAGCUGCUACUCGCUGGUGAACGCUUUCCAGUGGAUCCAGUACAGCAUCCUCAGCAACGUCUUCGCCGGCUUCUACGGCGUCUCCUUCACGCAGAUAGACUGGCUCUCCAUGGUCUACAUGGUGGCCUACGUGCCGCUGAUCCUGCCCGCCACCUGGCUGCUGGAUGCCCGCGGCCUGCGCCUCACCGCCCUGCUGGGCGCUGGCCUCAACGGCCUGGGCGCCUGGCUCAAGUGUGCCAGCCUGGCCCCCGGCCGCUACCCCCUCACCCUGGCAGCCCAGGCCGUCUGCGCCGUCGCCCAGGUCUUCAUCCUGGGGCUGCCCUCACGCAUCGCCUCCGUCUGGUUCGGCCCCACCGAGGUCUCCACCGCCUGCGCCGUGGCGGUGCUGGGCAACCAGCUUGGCACUGCGAUUGGCUUUUUGUUGCCGCCUGUUUUGGUUCCAAAUACGCCUGACGAUAUUGAUCUAAUGGCACAUAACAUCAGCAUCAUGUUCUACGGCACAGCAAUAGUUUCCACGCUUUUGUUCUUCUUAACAGGGGUUGUGUUUGAAGAAAAGCCAAAAUACCCUCCUAGUCACUCUCAAGCAGUCCUGCAAACUAUGCCUCCUGAGGAUUAUUCCUACAAGCAGUCGAUUAUUAACUUGUUCAAAAAUGCUCCAUUUGUACUUUUGCUGAUCAGUUACGGUAUUAUGACUGGGGCAUUUUAUUCUGUCUCCACGUUAUUAAACCAGAUGAUAGUAACUCAUUAUGAGGGAGAAGAAGUGAACGCUGGGAGAAUUGGCUUGACACUGGUGGUGGCAGGAAUGGUGGGUUCGAUUAUUUGUGGUUUGUGGCUGGAUUACACUAAAACAUACAAGCAAACUACUUUGAUUGUUUACAUUCUCUCAUUCAUUGGGUUGCUUGUAUUUACUUUCACCCUGGACCUCGGAUACCUUAUAGUAGUGUUCGUGACUGGAGGAGUACUUGGGUUCUUCAUGACUGGCUAUCUCCCACUUGGGUUUGAAUUCGCUGUGGAAAUUACAUACCCAGAAUCUGAAGGCACUUCCUCCGGUCUCCUUAAUGCAUCAGCACAGAUAUUUGGAAUUGUCUUCACGCUUGUUCAAGGAAAGCUCACAACAGACUACAGUCCUCGUGCAGGAAACCUCUUUCUUUGUGCUUGGAUUUUUGUGGGCAUUAUCUUAACAGCCUUAAUAAAAUCAGAAUUGCGAAGACACAAUGUGAAUUCAGGGAUUAUGAAUUUGGAUGUUAAAGCUGUACCAGUUGACAGUCCUGUAGAACCUGAAAGUACUACAUUAAAAAUUCAGUCAGCUUUAUAAAGCUGAAAGAAGGUGACUUGGAAACGCACAAGCUUGGUUGGAUACUGAACAACAUCAAUUAGCGUAAUCACUGGAUUUGUGUGUAUGAGUAGUAAAAUGUGUUUGGUGAUAUUUGUGAUAGUUGUGCAGUGGACACUGUGAAGAUGCUCAGUUCCUUUUGUCCAAGAUGCAAACAAUUCACCUUUGUAUGGAGUAUUUAUUUUACCAGUUUUUGAGUUUUGCAGUUUCAUUAGUAAAGAACUGUGUGAAUAUUCUCCACGCUAGGGAGACGUGUACAUUCAGGAUGCGUACUUCAAAAAAUCUGGAAUCCUGAAGUACAGUUAUCAUGAUCAGAAGUAUCUAAUCUUCUUUUCUUGUUCAGUCUUUGCUAGUGCAUUUGAAAAGUCAGAGUAGGUAGCUGUACAGCUGGAGGAUGUGCACAAGUUCCUUUUUUUUUUUUUUUUUUUUUUUAAAUGUAUCUGUAUUUUUAAUAUAAGCCAUUGGUUCCUUCUGGGAAACUGUCUAUAGCACAAUACUGAAAACAAGAGAUGACUGCAAAUGUGUGUGGUUCAUACUGGCAUCUGAAAUUUCUCUUGCCUUGAAACUUCUUGAUAGAUAUCAGAGGGCAGAUAAGAGAAAACACUGUCUUACAGAUUCAUUAUAACAUUUCUGGGGAGAUUUAAAGACUUUUCCACUAGAUAAACUGAAGAAAAAAUUUUCUUAUUAAAUAUAGUAAAAAGGAGAGGAAAGGCCUUUGAUAUCUCUCCUGUGAAGUAUUUAUAGGCAAUGGAACACUACCGCACAGGUUGCCUCCACAGGAUAUUUUGAGUGCUUUCUCAGUUAAAGUGAGAGGAGUACGUGUUUACAAAGAGCUGGUGCCUUUACUUUGUAAAGAUCCUUGCCUCAUCUUGGGUUUAAUCAGUGCUGCUGAAGAAAUUCCAUUUUGUGUGUUAAACCUCUGAAUAUUUGUUCUAUCCUUUUUUGCAUUUAUUUGUCUGCUUUGUGAGUUGUAUCAUUUGUCCUGUGAAAUUUUUGUGCUCAUAUAACUUAAUGUCUUUUGCAGUUUGUUAAAAGCUGUAAGGAUGACUGAAAGGAAAAUAGUGACGUUUCACUUUGAUGAAAUAUUUGCUGUUUAUAUUGUCCUUCUUAGCUACAAAAGGAGCAGACUUCAUUAACACUCACUUGGUGUUACUACAUUUAUAUGAAUUUGGGAUGUGGAUUUCUCACUGCAGUGCUUCUGAAAAUACUCUCCUUUACCCUGUGCUCUAUCUACAUCUACAGAACCGAUGGCACUACAGUAAUACUGAGGCCCUACUAUUAAUGAAAGUGUCAGACCUGAGUUAGUGGACUUUUUGCAAACAUUUCAGUUUUUGCAGUCUUUAAGCUCAGCCUGCAGGUUCAGUACCAUCAGUGAUGCCGUCUCUUUGAGUUCCCACAGAUGUAGUGCCAUCCAGAAGGUGGAACCCUACUCGAAGUUUUCCAUGGAUUGUUACAGUUGGGCGUGGGGAACUUUUUAACUCCAAAAUAAUUUUCAAUAUGAAAAGUAUCAUUAAAUAGUUUUCUUUCUCUUGUUUCACUGUAGAUUUAGAGAAUCCUUUUCUAUGAGAAAGAACCUUGUAAAGUUAGCUUUCUAAACUUAGCCUCUAAACUUGAUGAUCUUGAUUUAACAUUUUUUAUGAUAAAUGCAUCAGACAUGGGAAGGCUGAAUGGCAAUAUGCCUGUCAGGAUAAGCUAAGCAUGCUUGGAACACUCACCUUUCCAAAAAGGAUCUAUGUCUCUUUGUCAGGUCCAGUGCUACAGAGAAAAUGGGCAGAUCUUGCUGCUCCUGGAGAGGCCAGGUCGGUGGGAAGAGUCCCCUGGUGAGGUAGCUGAAUAUAGGAAAAGUAACUCAUACAUAUUCAAACAGCAGGCAAGAGUAUAGGAGUGGAAGUAGAGAUGCUUUCAUUAUGUCAGUUCUUUACAUUUAAUGACUUGCUUUGAUAUAAGCUGCCCCAUGAUGGGAUGUAUACGUUUUCAGCCUGAGUGAGCAAAGUGAAAGUUUGUGCCUUUUGGUAUCUGUGGGUGGGUUUUCCCUUUGCAAAAAUGGUAAUAAUGUGUGCCAAAAUAUAUACGUUCUUCAGCAAGAUACAGAUUCAGUAAAUAUUUGUGUUCAUGGCCAGUGGUUGCUUUAGACUUACACUGUUGCAAUAUCUUAACGAGAUAAUAUUUUUGCAGUUUUGGAGAAGUGUUUUCAAAUGUCCAGUAGAAGGUCUUUGGCAGUAUUCAGAAUGCUUUCCAAGACGUCCAGUACACACUAUUCAAGGUCAAAGAUUGAACUUUUUUCUUCUAAUUCCUUUCUUCACUACUCGUUUCCAGUCUCUUUAGUUAUGUUCAGCCAAUUAUUGAAAAAAUACUCUAGCCCUUCUGGCUCCUUGUGUUUGUUAUCUUCUGCCAAAUUACUUGGCUACCCUCUGAAAAGGUCCAAACAAGAUUUUGGCAUGCUGCAAAACCUGCUGGGUCCCUUGAAAGAAAAUAUUCCGAAUAAUGAAGGCUUAAUUGCAUCCUGGAUUUGAUACUCCCCCUCUAAAAGGAGCUUGAAAGUUGGAAACCUGUGAGCUAUUUCUAAGUAUUUAAAUAAAAGGCCGAGCAGCAAACUAAAGAGCAAAUAAAGAACAAACCAGUAUUUUAUGCAAUAAUCUUACCUGUCUGUCAAGACACUGAGGUUCUAGCUCAUGGCAGAAAUAGAUUUGGGGUAGUUGGGGCAUUGAUUUUUCUGCUUUUAAUUUUUGUUUUUUAAACAAACAACAUCCACCCAAUCAAACGUCCAUCUGGAAUUGGAAAUAGGGUUUCUGUCGUGUCAGCUCUACAUCUCAACUAUGAGAGGAUGGAGUAGGAAAGUGAGAAGAGGCAUCUCAAGUCCCAUGCAUCAGCUUUUGCUUUUCAAUAUGCUUUUCCUUGAAGAGCUUCAAGAGAACUGUAGAGGAUGCAAGAGAACUCAUGUCAUGGUGAGCAAGGGGGCUGCCCCCAGGUUCCCAGGGGCCCACCAGCAUGUGUAAUUGCUAACUUACAGCUACAAGAUUCAAAGAUGAGCCUUUAAAAUAACUCUUCAUUUGUUUCUUCCAGACCAUUUUAAACUUUUGCUAACUUCAGUGGGAGAGACCCAGAGAACAUUGACCCAUUUUCAUUUAGGACUCCUAACAUGUCCUUAAAAUACUCGUUUCUUUUGGCUGGGUGUGAAAAUACCAGACCUGUCAGGCAUAGUCUGGAACUGCUGCCAUCAGGAGCUUUCUUCUUCAGCUUGGUAGAUAAGUCCUUCAGAGCAUUUAUUUUGUAGAUGAGUGCUUGUCUUUAAUAACAUCUCUUUCUAUUGCUGAAUGCCUAUGUUUUACAAGGAAGAAUGAGCAAGGGAAGGAGUGGAAAGAAUACCUAGGAUUCAUUUCACGUUAAUAGAGCUUUCCUAACUUCAUCCUCUUGGACAUCUUUUUUGUUCAAGACAGUCUGUUGUUUCAGAGACAAUCACUGGAGUGUGUAAUUAGAGAUGCCAGCCCAUGUUGCCUAAUGAAAAAAUGCUUUUUGAGAAAUAUUUGGACUAUCUUGUGUGUCUACAACCAAGUGAAGUUGGGUUAAGCUGUAAGAAUUUAUUGCUUUUGUUUUCUAUUUUGUGAACUCAUGAGUUUUCCUGCGUGAAUGGGAACUUGACCUUUUGGGUUGCUGUCUUUCAAUACGUGUAUGUAUCACCUUAAGUGUUAUAGGCUACUAAUGAUGCACAGAUGGCAAGCUAAGUUAUUGUAUUGCAGGUGAUUUCCCCCUCCACCAUUCAGUCUGAAGUCUGUGAGGAGAGGGGAUGUUAACGCAUGAACUAGAAUGAAUUCAGCAAAAAAUAUUCCUAAGAAAUGUAUUUCCAUGUCAAGACCCAUGUUAUUUACUGCUCAUGUCUUGGUUCUUCUCAUGAAGAGAGCAAAUAUUUUUUCUGUAAUAUUUUGGUUUUGUUAGUGUCCCAUUCUUUUUUUCAAGAGACAAUUAAAAUUCCUUAUGAAUAUUCUCGGAUUGCAAUAUUGUAUGUAUGUGUAUAUGUGGGUGGCAUUAUUCCUUACCAUUAUGUGUUACUAAUAAAGUGUAUAACGUGUAACUUGA